AUGGCGCAUGCACUGAUCCUCGGGGCUUCCGGAAUCUCGGGCUGGUCCCUCAUGAACCAGGCCCGCGACUAUCCCACCCCCACAACAUUUUCGCGCAUUACCGGAACCACCAACCGCCCUUUCACGCUGGAGCAGGCAGGAUUGCCGUCGGAUCCUCGUCUGAAGAUUGCGUCCGGAAUCGAUUUCACCAAGUCAGUUGAGGAAGUUGCUCGCUCGAUGAAGGAGAAGAUUCCCGACGUCAACACCGUAUCUCACGUGUUUUUCACGGCAUACAUUCAGACCAACGAUUUUGAGAGCUUGAAAGUGAAGAACACCAACCUCUUGGAAGUUGCUGUCCGAGCCAUUGAGCAGGUUUCGCCUAGUUUCAAGACCAUCAUUCUCCAGACCGGAGGGAAAGGAUAUGGUCUCGAGUUUCCCAAGGAAGUCGGAAUCAAAGCGCCAUUGCGGGAAAACAUGCCUCGCAUCCCGGAACCCUGGGCUGGCAAGAUCUUUUACUACACCCAGUACGACAUGCUUAAGAGACUCUCAGAGGGUAAGCAAUGGACGUUUUCUGAGAUUCGUCCGGAUGGUAUCGUGGGAUUUGCGCCCACUGUCAACCCGAUGAACAUGGGCCAAGGCAUCGGCCUGUAUCUGAGCGUUUACCGAGCUGUCAAGGGCGCUGGUGCAACAGUCCCCUUCCCUGGCCACGAGCACGGCUAUCACUCUACGCACUCCGAUACCUUUCAAGAUAUCCUUUCAAAGAUGGAGAUUCACGCAGCCUUGAACACAGACAAGUGCGGCGACGGUGGUGUCUUCAACAUCGCCGAUGGAAAGACGGUGUCGUGGUCACAGGUGUGGCCCGGACUGUGCUCUCAUUUCGGACUCGUUGGCACUGGCCCUGUGGCAAACUCGACCAAAAUGGAGGACUUUGUCAAGGGACAUCGUGAUGCGUGGUCGGCGCUGGCCAAAGAGCACGGCCUGAAUGAGAAGCUUAUCGACCAACAGGGCUGGGGUCAUACCCACUUCAUGUUGGUCGAUUUCGACUUCGAUCGGCAGUAUGAUCUGUCGCGGUCUCGCAAGGUCGGUUUCUCAGAGGAGAUCGACACUGUCCAGGGUUACAUUGAAUCGUGGGAGCGGAUGCGCGCUGCUAAGCAGCUUCCCCCCGUGUAG